AUGUCCAUCGAAUUAAAAUCGUUAACCAAACAACGCGCUAAUGUUAAAGCUCAAAUAACUCGCAUAAACAACUCAGUUAGGAAGACAGAAAAACUAGAAAUUCCCUUCCUAGAACUUCGAAAACUGAAACUGGAGGAUUAUUAUAAUAACUUUUCGUCAAUUCAGGAUCAAAUAGAGGAAAAAGAUGAUAGUUCAGAUCAGGCUAAUAUUCGCGAAGAGUUCGAAAUUCUCUAUUACGAAUGUGCAGAUUUUAUAAGUAGCACGUUGUAUCAACUUAGUAACCGCGAACCUAGCAAGGCAUCAAAUACUACCAAUGCAUCGAGUCCGUCAGGUCCAGUCUCACAAAGUAUUUUCCCUAAAAUACACAUCAAACAAUUCAACGGCGAUUAUGCUGAGUGGCAAGGCGUUUAUGAUACCUUUCGGUCUUUAGUGCACGAUAAUGCGUCCAUUCCAGUUACUCAUAAAUUUCACCUAUUAAAAUCUUAUUUGACGGGUACUGCAGCCAGUGUAACAAAUUCAUUAACCGCUUCCGAAGAAAACUACUCGGUUGCAUGGGAAUUAGUGCAAAAAUGCUUUAAUAAACCGCGCAAAAUAAUCCAGAGUCACGUUCGGGCAUUAUUCGAACUACCCGAUGUCGCGAAAGACACUCCGUCGUCAUUGCGCACUGUAGCGGAAGGAGCACAAAUGCAUGUAAACGCAUUGAGAGUUUUAAAUGCAUCGAUAGAUUGUGAUGAAUUACUUAUUUAUAUAUUAACUGCUAAACUAAAUAAGCACACGCGCACUGCCUGGGAGCGCUCAAUUGAGGAUGAUGAAAUGCCUACAUUCAAAGACCUUCUGUCAUUCUUAAAUAAAUAUUCACGCGAUGACGAACCAGUGCAAUUAGUAACACAUAAUCAAAAUAUUGGGCAACGAAAACGUGUUGAGGGGCGCGACAUUAAGGUAAAACCGCGAGCCAAUACAUUUGUUAGUACUCGUACGUUAUCGUGUCCUCUGUGUAAGCAAAAUCAUUAUGUAAAUCAAUGUCCAAAUCUUUUAAAUCAAACUCCUCGUGAGAGACUGAAAUUGGUUAAGUCAGCUAAUCUUUGCAUCAAUUGUCUUAGAGAUAAUCACGCCACCCCACAGUGUCGUUCGAGUAUGUGUCAGAAAUGUAAUGGAAAACAUCAUACGCUACUCCAUUUUUUGGAUAACGUAGCUGUAACGAUCGAUCAGGCAACAAGUUCGUCUGCAAAUCGUAAUGUAAUUCCUUCGGUAGCUCUAGCAUCCUGUGGAAAUUCUGAGAUUCUUCUAGCCACAGCCUGCAUCAAAAUCUUAGACAAGGAUAACCAGGAACACGAAUGUCGCAUUCUUUUAGAUCCUGGUUCUCAAUCCAAUUUCAUAACUGAAAGACUAGCAAAUUCUUUACGAUUACCAAAAACUAAAAUGCAUAUACCAGUACCAGGCUUGGCUCAGCAAGUAAAUCAAGUUAAUUAUUCGGUUCGCGCUCAAAUAAAAUCUAGGGUCACGGAAUUCUCGUGCGAAGCUAAUUUCUUAACUUUACCAGUAAUAACCAAUCAAUUACCUUCGCGAUCAGUAAAUGUCAACAACCUACAAAUUCCUGAUACAGUACAGCUCGCAGAUCCUAACUUUCAGAAACCUGCAGACAUUGAUGCUCUGUUAGGGGAAUAUCUAUUUUAUCGACUCUUACGUGCCGGGCAAAUACGACUAAAAAAUCGAACCGCAGUAUUGCAAGAAACCCAACUAGGCUGGAUUGUUUCGGGAGAAGUAGGGAUUAAUUCAAAAACAAAACCUACAACAAAUUGUUUCGUGACAACAACUCAGUUAGAUUUCCAAAUUGCCAAAUUUUGGGAACUUGAGGAGUAUCCUCAUAAACAAAUCUUGUCUGCCGCGGAAAAACUUUGUGAAACUAUCUUCAAACAAACACUUGAUCGUGAUCCAACUGGUCGAUAUAUAGUUCGUCUACCUUUCAAUGAGAAAAAGUCCCAACUCGGAGAAUCGCAUGCUAUAGCGUUAAGACGAUUUCUGGCAUUAGAACGGAGAUUACAAUCCAAUGUAGAAUCACUUCAGCAAUAUUCAACCUUUUUAGAGGAAUACGAAAAAUUAAAUCACAUGACCGACAUAACCAAAACGGCUAAUACCGAGCAAGGGUAUUAUUUACCUCAUCACGCGGUGAUAAAAAAUAGCAGCCUCACCACCAAGGUCAGAGUGGUAUUCGAUGGCUCUGCCAAAUCUAGUACCGGAAUUUCUUUGAACGAUACUCUUAUGGUCGGACGAACAAUUCAAGAAGAUAUUUUCUAA